CAAGGACGACGAGGCCAUGGAGGCAGGAAAGCAGGUGUGGCUGGCUUUUGGAGUGAGCACGUGCAUUGCACUCGGUCUGUUGGAAGGGAUCAAGGUGCUGGCGAGGAAAAGGGUGGUGGAUACGGCGCUGGCGAGGAAGCUGACACACAUCCUGGUCGGACUGGUCUUCAUCCCCUGCUGGGCUCUGUUCCCCUACGACGACGAGCCGGACAUGUCGGCAAGAGUCGCUGCUCUCAUUCCGGCUGGUAUCGUGGCCAAGUUUGCUGCCAUGGGCCUGGGCAUCAUCGAUGAUCCGCCCACUCUCGCCAUGCUCUCGCGAUCAGGCGCCAAGGAAGAGCUGCUGUACGGACCGACACAGUACGGCAUCAUCUUUGUGGUCACCACCUGGGGCGCCUUCCGCUCGCCUGGUUCGGUCUGCCAGCUUGUCCUCCUCUGCGUCGGCGACGGCUUGGCUGACGUCGUCGGCAGAAGACUCGGAUCGCGCAAGCUCCCGCACUCGCCCGACAAGUCGUGGGCCGGAUCGGCAGCGUUUGUGGUCGGAUCAUACCUGGCAGGCAUUGUGUACUUGUACGGGUGCUCAUCAGCCGGUCUCGGCUGGUAUCCGCUGCAGAAAGUCCACGACUGGGUCUUUGGCUGGAACUGGUUUGUCGUCUGCCUCUUGGCCGGCGUCGUUGAAAGCCUCCCUCUCCCCGCCGUCGACAACGUCACCGUCUUUGCCACCGCCUACAUACUCUGUUCAGCCUGGGGACUGUAAACGCCACCAACUACCGC